AUGCAGAGUUUUACUCUGGUUUCCAAGGCCACGGCACACCCAAAAAGACUAAGUAAGACAGCACGACGAGCCAUUUUACCUGUCCUACCAGUCCCGGGCAGGUCGGGGUGUGAAAAGACUUCCAGAGCCCCGAGCGGUGUCCUAUAUGUAACCCAAGAGCCUCAAGCGAGCGGCAGGCGACUUCGGGGACCCGCCAGUGCGCAGGGCGGGGUGGGGAGGCCCGGCCGGUCCUCCCGCACGAGGGUGCCCAGGGCCCCUCGGGACCAGGGCGGCCAAAGAGAACUGCGGCGUCGCCGUGCCAGGCCGCCUACCGGCCCCCACGACCCGCACGGCGGCCGCGGAUCCCGAUGCCCUGGGGGCCGCACGGGGCGAGGCGAAGCCCGGAGCGCGGCCCCGGGACUCUCCGUCUCCGAGGGGCCGGAGCGCGGCCUCCGGGCAGCUGCGCGCAGCUGGACGCGGCCCCGGGCGCCUCCGCCCCAGCCCUAUCCCUCCGGCUCGGCGCCCAGGCCGCCCCUCGCCUGCGGCCCCUCCGCGCCGCCCGACCCUCGGCAACUUACUGGGGCAGCGCGAGGGCCGCGACGAGGGGCCGGGGAUGGGCGAGUGGCAGGAGAGUGUCGGGGCUCGGGGCGGCUGCUGGAGCGGCCGCCGCCUCGCUGGUCCGCGCCGAGACUAGCGCCGGGGCCGCCGCGCUGCAGAAGGCGGGCUGGGCAGGUGGGCGCAGCUUGUGUAGCCGCGCCGGGGGCGGGGCCUGGCCGGGGGGCACCGCCUCCCCCUCCCCCCUUCCUCCACCCUCCAGCCCCCGCGCUCGCCGACCCCCCACCCGAGCCCGCCUCCCGCCCCGACAGUCCAGGCCACGCUGCCAGCCCUCGGGGUAGGAGGGUCGGGCUGCAGCGCCGCGGAGUCUGUCUACGGCCCGGUGCACUUGGCCGUGCGCUCGGCCGGGGCUAG